AUGAAUCCCUUCUCUUCCGGAACGCGCCUGAGGGACAUGAUUCGGGCUAUACGUGCUUGCAAAACUGCAGCAGAGGAACGUGCUGUUGUAAGAAAAGAGUGUGCUGCUAUUCGUGCUGCCAUAAAUGAAAAUGAUCAAGAUUACAGGCAUCGUAACCUGGCUAAGCUCAUGUUCAUCCACAUGCUGGGUUAUCCCACCCAUUUUGGUCAAAUGGAGUGCCUGAAGUUGAUUGCAUCUUCUGGUUUUCCUGAGAAGAGAAUAGGGUAUCUUGGCCUCAUGCUGCUUCUUGAUGAAAGACAAGAAGUUCUAAUGUUGGUCACAAACUCGUUGAAACAAGAUCUCAAUCACUCAAAUCAGUAUAUUGUGGGACUUGCUCUUUGUGCUUUGGGAAAUAUUUGUUCAGCAGAAAUGGCUCGUGAUCUUGCACCCGAAGUGGAAAGAUUGCUGCAAUUUCGAGAUCCAAAUAUUCGGAAAAAGGCAGCGUUGUGCUCUAUAAGGAUUAUAAAGAAAGUCCCUGAGCUGGCGGAAAAUUUUAUUAAUCCUGCCGCUGCCUUACUUAAAGAAAAGCAUCAUGGUGUUUUAAUAACAGGAGUUCAACUUUGUACAGAUCUUUGUAAAGUCAGUGAAGAUGCCCUUGAAUAUUUUAGAAAGAAGUGCACAGAGGGUUUGGUCAAAACUCUAAAGGAUGUAGUAAACAGUCCAUAUGCCCCCGAGUAUGACAUUGCUGGGAUCACAGAUCCUUUCCUUCAUAUUAGGUUGCUUAAGCUUUUGCGUGAGUUGGGCCAAGGAGAUGCAGAUGCUAGUGAAUGCAUGAAUGACAUACUUGCUCAGGUGGCAACAAAAACCGAGUCAAACAAAAAUGCAGGGAAUGCGAUUCUGUAUGAAUGUGUAGAAACCAUCAUGAGCAUUGAAGAUAAUGGUGGCUUACGUGUGCUUGCCAUAAAUAUUUUGGGAAGAUUCUUAUCGAAUCGUGACAACAACAUUAGAUAUGUUGCAUUAAACAUGCUGAUGAAGGCAAUUACAGUUGAUGCUCAAGCGGUGCAGAGGCAUCGGGCAACUAUCUUGGAAUGCGUAAAGGAUUCAGAUGCUUCAAUUCGAAAAAGGGCCCUUGAACUUGUUUAUGUUCUUGUGAAUGAGGGCAAUGUGAAACCUCUAACAAAAGAACUAAUUGACUAUUUGGAAGUAAGUGACGAAGAAUUCAAGGGAGAUCUUACUGCAAAAAUUUGCUCCAUUGUUGCAAAGUUUUCCCCCGAGAAGAUUUGGUACAUUGAUCAGAUGCUCAAGGUUCUCUCUGAGGCUGGAAAUUUUGUAAAAGAUGAAGUGUGGCAUGCGGUUAUCGUUGUGAUAAGCAAUGCUUCUGAUCUUCAUGGAUAUACAGUUAGGGCGUUGUACCGAGCAUUACAAUCAUCAGCUGAGCAGGAAAGUCUCGUUCGGGUAGCAAUUUGGUGCAUUGGGGAAUAUGGUGACCUGUUGGUAAACAACGUUGGCAUGCUCGAUGUAGAGGAUCCAAUAACAGUAACAGAGUCUGAUGCUGUGGAUGUUAUAGAGAUUGCAAUUAAGCACCAUACGUCGGAUCUCACAACCAAAGCAAUGGCUAUGGUUGCUCUGUUAAAGCUAUCUUCACGUUUCCCAUCUUGUUCAGAGAGGAUCAAGGAUAUAGUUGUUCAAUACAAAGGAAGCCUUGUUCUUGAAUUGCAGCAAAGAUCCAUUGAAAUGAACUCUAUCAUUGCGAAGCAUCAGAACAUUAGAUCUACACUGGUUGAAAGGAUGCCAGUUUUGGAUGAGGCAACUUUCAUUGGAAAGAGGGCUGGUUCUAUACAAGCUACUGUUUCUCCUUCUUCUGGUGCUUCAAUCAAUCUACCGAAUGGAGUUGCCAAACCUACUGCAGCUCCUCUUGUGGAUUUACUUGAUCUAGGCUCAGAUGAUGUGCCAGCACCUAGCUCCUCCGGUGGUGAUUUGCUUCAUGAUCUUCUUGGUGUUGAUUUGUCAACGGCUUCUGCACAAUCAGGUGUAAAUCAUGCUCCAAAAAAUGGCACCGAUGUUCUACUGGAUCUCUUGUCUAUUGGUUCACCUACCCAAAGCAGCCAAUCUGUCUCUGAUAUGUUAUCCUCCAGUCAAGAUAACAAAACACCUGUUUCACCAUUAGAGGGAUUAUCAUCCCCAUCUUCGAAUUCCAUACAACCCACUUCUUCUGCAGGAGCUGCUCCAGCAAUUGAUUUGUUGGACGGCUUUUCCUCCAGCCCACCAAAACAGGAAAACAAUGGCACAGCUUAUCCAUCUGUAGUGGCAUUUGAGAGCAGCAACUUGAAGAUGGUGUUCAACUUCUCCAAGCUGCCUGGAAAUCCACAAACGACAGUGAUCGAGGCUACAUUCACUAAUUUGUCAACGAAUAUCUAUUCAGAUUUUAUUUUUCAGGCAGCUGUUCCAAAGUUUCUUCAACUGCACUUAGAUCCAGCUAGCGGCAAUGCUCUGCCUGCAAGUGGUAAUGGGUCCAUCACACAAACAUUGAGAGUUACCAACAGCCAACAUGGAAAGAAAUCUCUUGUCAUGCGUAUAAGAAUAGCUUACAAGAUGAACAACAAAGAUGUCUUGGAGGAAGGACAAAUCAGCAAUUUUCCUCGUGGUUUAUGA